CCUUCUCUCGGCCACAGGCGUCCGCGCUCCCGGCCCGGUGCCCCGCGCCCCACCGGGGUUCAUGGAGCCGGGGCUGUGGCUCCUCUUCGGGCUCACGGUGACCUCCGCCGCAGGAUUGGUACCUUGCCCCCAGCCUGGGGACGCUGGCAAAAGCGGCGUGCCCGGGACCCCCCCUACAGCCAGAUCUGAGGGGGACAUCCAGGAGCCUGUGGCCAUGACUGCAGUGCAAGGUCCAAGUCCCAGAAGCCCCGAGCAGGAGCAAGAACCAGGUCGGUUUGGGGAGCAGGCAUCCAAGGGGGGUCCUGUGCACGGCCGCGCCAGGCGCUGUACCUGCUUCACAUACAAGGACAAGGAGUGUGUCUACUAUUGCCACCUGGACAUCAUCUGGAUCAACACUCCUGAACAGACUGUGCCCUAUGGACUGUCCAACUACAGGGGGAGCUUCCGCGGCAGGAGGUCCACGGGGCUGUUCCCGCAGAGCCCACAGCCCUCCAAGUGGACACAGCGCUGCGCUUGUGUGCAGAGCCAGGACAGCGCCUGCUUGCACUUCUGCACCCGCACCCUGGCUGUCAGGAGGAAUUCAAGGACAGCAACAAAUCCUGACAAAGAGGAAGAGCCAGCCAGCCGUGGCAACGGGGGGCUGCGUCCAACGAGGUGAAACUUCCUUCUGAGGCAUCACACCCUUGGGGACAUGGAGGAUGUGAGGGUGGCAUGUGGUCUGAGAGGUCAGCCAGCGGGAGUCCUGGCAUGCAUGGGACGCUGCAUCACAGGGGACUGGGCGUUGGGUAGAUUGUCUCUGGGGACAAAGCAGGCUGAGGCUAGGACAGUCACUGUCAUUGCCCUUCCCCUGGCCAGUUGACCCCUUGCAUCCCUUGUAGCUUUAGAGCAGUGACACCUGGCUCUGCAUUUUGCUGGGCCCAGACACAGCUAGCUGGCCACUACUGCUUAGAGACCACCCGACCCCACCCCACCCCUGGCUCAUCUACCUGGGCCCAGAUGUCACUUUUUCUGGAAGCAACAUGUGGUCGUUCCACAAAAAAAAGAAAUCAUUUAUUCUUUUCAGCAGCUGAUUCUGGACAGAAGUGAAUUAUAGCAGCUUGGCUUGGCAGCGAGCCCCCCAUAUCCCCCCACUGGUGUUAUUUUUUUUAACCUGCUUGUCUUCUUUGUAGGAGAGAUUCUGAGGGUUUCCUGCAGCCAAACUGGGUUUAUUUGUCAUUCUAUCAAUCAGAAAUUGUUAUUAAUGGCUCGCCUACACAUCUGCAAUGGGAUGGUAAUUUAUGUCCAUAAUAAUAGCCUGGAGGUGGCUUGGGUCCCUACAGGGACUGAUCAAGGGAAGAUUAAACCAUGCUCAGUAUACAGGAGGCUUUCCAAAUUGGUGGCAGUGGCUUCCAGGCAUCCAGAGAGAUCCGUCAGCAUCCAUAAUACAAAUGGAGAGGAGGGGGCGGGUGAGGCGGCCGAGAGAGACCCCAGGAGAGCACGAGCCAGGCUCCAGCUGGUCCCUGCCUUGCCUUUUUGGUCUUUCUCCUUUUUCUCUCUUCUCGCCCCAAACCCACACUCCUCUCAGCGAGGGCGGGAUGUGAUUAAAGCCAUCCAUCCUUUGCAUCAUUUAUUCAUCCACUCAUGCAUUCAUUCAGCAAAGAUGCGUCAUGCACCUGCGUCGCGCUGGGCACUGUUCUAGAAGUCGGGUACACAACGGGGAAAAGGCGAUAGGUCUGUCUUUGCAGAAUUUAAACAGAGGGAAAGCUGACAGCAGACAGAUGCAGUCGUCCCCUGAUCCACGGCCUGUGGUGGACACCUGGGACCACGGGCACCAUCGAGCUCUGUCUGGACUGUGUUUUCUCCUCCACGGACACACCUAUGGGAAAGUUUGAUUUAUAAAUUGGGCACAGAAAGGAGUGACAAUAACCCAUAAUCAACUAGAAGAAGCAUCACAAUCUACUGUAAUAAAAGUUACAUGAAUGUGG